AUGCUUGAUGAACCAGUCAAUGAAAUUGUAAUUAUUUCGAGUGAAUCUCCAUAUUCAUCAUCAAAUAUUCUUGAUAAUCAUGAUAUGUCUUCUUCGAUUCAACCAGAAAAUUCUAACAAAUCGCAGUUAAACAAAAAAUCAAGUAAUGUUGUUCGUCGUAAAUAUCUUUCUGUUUGGGAAAAGCAACCAGAUGCUAUGUAUAAAACUUAUGUAUUCGAUCAAUUCGGUGAACGACGAGAAAAUUUUUUAUCGUGGUUGUAUUUGAAGGACAAUGCAAUGCGAUGUUCUCUAUGUGAAAAACAUGGUAAAAGAAGAAAUACAAAUGGAAAUCAAAUAUUUCAAAUUUAUAAAAUAAAAGAACACAAGCAUAAAAGUGAGGUUCACCGUCAUGCUGAAGAAACCGAAUUAAAAAUUUCAACUCGAACGCAACCAACAUGGAUUGAAACACGAGCAAAACAGAUCUCAAAACAAGAGCAAGCAGUUCAAAAUUUAACUCUUGCUUCAAUUUAUAUUUGUCGUGAAUAUCAAUCAUUAAAUAGUUUAGAACAAUUGUGCAUAUUACUUGAAAAACUAGGCGUUCAAUUAUUACCAUCUCAAAUAUCUGGAGUAAAUUACGGAAAUAACGAUGCAGCUUUAUCUUUUCUUCAACAUGUUGCAUAUGAUGUGCACGAGGAACUGAUCGAAAAAGUAAAAAAUAGUCCCGCAAUCGCAUGGAUGAUGGAUGAAUCGACAUCACGAACGGUGGAAAAAAGUUGCAUCGUCUAUGUUCGGUACCUCGAAAAUUAUCAUCCAAAAACAUCAUAUUAUGCUUUGCUGGAUAUGGAAGGUGAUGGAACGGCAAGAAACAUAGUUGAAACAAUUAGUGAUGUAUGGAGAAAAGAUGAUUUAAAUCCGGUGAAUUCAUGUUGGUUUGCAUGUGACAAUGUCUCGACAUUUACAGGAAUCAACGAAGGUGUAGUAGCAAAACUACGACGCCAUUUCCAAAUAGAUUGGCUUGAAACUAAUACCUGUGCUGCACAUUCAUUUUGUUUGGUUGGUAAUCGAGCAUCGUGGACAACUGAUCCUAAAAGUGGUAAACUAGUUAUUAUUGAAGUUGUUUCAAAAUUAGAAACAACUAUUGGAAAAAUUUAUAAUUAUUUUGGAAGAAGUUCAACUCGUCAACAAAUGUUAAAAGAAUGGCAGAAUUUUUUAGAUAUGCCUGAAUUGAAAUUUAAACGUAUUUAUGAUAUUCGUUGGGCUUCUAUUAGAGGUUGUAUUAAACCGAUUAUCCAAAAUGUGCAGCCAGGUAAUCAAGCACUACUAGCAGCCCUCCAACAGAAUGCAUCUGAUCCAGUUUCCUCAAGUGGUGAUCGUGGUUCAGCAAAAGAAUUAUUUCAUCUUAUGAAAGAAAUCAAAGAAAAAAAGAAUUUAAUAUCACAAUGGACAUCUCAAUCAACACCAACAUGGGGAUCAGCAUUGGCUGAUUUUAUUAAAACAACAGAAAAAAGAAAAUAUGGUGCAUUUAAAAUUGAUUUAUCCGAUCGACAACAAUUGGCUAAAGAAUGCUCUGCACAUAUAGAACGUUUGCUGAUAGAAUUAGAUAAACGAUUUGCUCCAUCACGUUUACUAGAAAGUAUGACCAUGCUAUUCGAUCCAAUAUACUUGAUUGAGCACAAGAAAGAUGUUGAUUCUCCAGAUUAUGGACGACCAGAAUUAGAUUUUAUUCGAAAUAAGUAUAAAGAUUUUCCUGGACUUGAUACAGAUGCUGUUCGAAGUGAAUGGGAAAUAUUGAAACCAUCAUUGAGUGAAUUUUUGGAUAGACCCUCAUCAAUUGAUUUAAAGGAAACAUUUUGGCAACAAUUUUUAUUAUUAAAACAAGCAACAAAUAGCCGAUUCCUCGAGGAGAACAAGAAUUUGCUUGCUUUAUUGAGUAUUUAUUUGAUUAUGCCAACGAAUUCGGUUGAGUGUGAAAGAGGCUUUUCGGCGGUCAAUCGUAUCCAAACGACUGGUCGUUCACGAAUAUUAAUUUCGACUUUGGAUGUACUAAUGAACGUGUGUUUAUUAUUACCUGAUGAUCUGAGAAGUCCACGAUGCCAAAAGGUUAUUGAGAGAGCAUUCGAAUCGUGGAAUGAUAAUGAAUAUCAUCGUCGUUUUCGUCAAAUUAAGCUAGUACUUGAUGUACCACCUGAUUAUGAACCAGUGAAAGCAAGCCGAUCGACUGAUUCUAAGAGAAAACGAUCGUCAAUGCCAUCCCUACCAAUUAACAAAAAACCAAAGAAUCCAAAGUCGAAGGCAAUUAAGUGUAAGUUUUUCAGUUAUUGUUGAGUUAUCAAAAUCUCUUUUUCAUUAUUCUAGGCGCAAAUAGAUGUAAAAAUGAAAUUUCAGCAGAUGAUCCCGCACAAAAUGAAGCAAUCCAAUGCUGUUAUCAAAACGACGAAUUUGACUGGGUGGAUUCAUUUGAGAACUGUUCCCGGUGGCUGUGCAAUAGUUGUCGCAUUAAACUUGGUAUAUCAAUUGAUCUUAUGUGGUUUUGCAAUGACCAUAAGGACAUGCAUACUGAAGAAGAAUAUGAAAGUGAAGAUGUUAAUGACUGAGUAAAUAUAAAAUUGUUUUUUUUUGUUAUUGUAUAGUAAAAUAAUGUUUUUUUUCGUUUGAUUGCUUUUUCAUUCUUUUUAUAACUCAUGUAUGAAAUAGUGGAUAAUUUAUUUGUUUAUCUGACGUGAUUAUAUAGUAUUUUUUGUAUGUAUUUGAUUCGAAUCCAAUAUUAAUAAAAACAUAUGAAAUAUUUCUCUUUUUUAAUCUAAUUCUAAUGAUCCACAUCUUGGACACUCUGUGACACUUUGUCUAAAAAAACAGUGUCGUUUUACACUUUGAUGGCAAAAAUAAAAUGUCAUUUGAAUUUUUGUUUUAGAUUUCUAUUAGAAACACUGCUUGGCUCUGGAUAAAACGUAUUAUUUAAAUAUUUCACAUUAUGAAGAAUAUUUUCAAUGAGCGAAUUUUAUAAAUUUCAUCUUCAAUCAGAGCAUAUUAAAACUUAUAAAAAAAAUUUAAAAAUUCCGUAACUUAUUUUUCUUUUUAAAUAUCAGCCAAAAUUGCAAACUAGGUAUAUUUAAUUUUUAAAAAAAAUUUUUGAUAAUGUAUUAUGUUAGAGAGUUUGCUAUUUUGGUUGACAUUUGAAAAGAAAAAUAAAUUACAGAAUUUUUUAAAAAUUUUUAUAAAUUUUAUUUGCUCAGACUGAAGAUGAAAUUUAUAAAAUUUGCUCAUUGAAAAAUAUUCUUCAUGAGGUAAAAUAUUUAAAUAAUAUGUUUUUUCAGAGCCAAGAAGUCAUAGAUAGCUGAAGUGUCUAAAAAAGACAGUACUAAGACGCUGAAAUGGAUUGGUGUAAACAGUCCCAUCAGGAUCGAUUAAGACGCUCAAGUGUUCCAAAUCGGUUAUCCGCGGACACUUGAAGUGUCUAAAUUAGUCUUUAACCAACCAAUCAGAAAUAGCGCUAAGUGUCUUGUUUAGACGAACGAAUCGUCUUAUUUAUACGCUUCAUGUGUCUUGAUUUUUUAGAGUGCACAAAACAGAGUAUUUUUUGCAUUCUACACGUGUAUCAUGGCGAUGUUUCUUGUUCUCCUCAUUGGACUGCUGAUUAUAUUGGUUAUUUAUAUCAAACUAAAAUAUUUUACCUUGCGUGGUCCUGUGCCUGGAAAAUCGCCUCAAUUUUUAUUUGGAAAUCUGUUACAGACGGGUCCGAUAUCUGAAAUUUCAUGGACCACUAUCAAUCUGCAAAUGCAAGCAAAAUACGGCGAUGUCUAUCAAUAUUGGAUUGGAUCGUUGCGAAUGAUCUGUUUAUGCAAUGUUGAAGAUAUAUACCAUGUAUUCAACCAUCGACACAUCUAUGAAAAAGGCUUUUUGCACACUGAUCGUUUUGCUAUUUUCUUCCCGACUUCAACUAUAUGCAUUAUAGGUCAGUGAUAAAUGAUAACUACAUUCGAAUGAUUCGAUUUUGUUAAAAUAUAAUCGAUGUUUGAGGAAAGUAAAAUAUCUUAUAUAGAUAAAGAAUUAAAAAAAAAAGAGAAUUCAAAUUGGAGGACAUAUUCCAUGAUUGUGAAUAUAUCACAAUGGCUAGCUAUUUUAAUGAAUUAAGGUUAUAUCAUAAUUGCUUGUAUGUUUGUAGUCACAUGUAAAGUCACGUAUACACAUGCAAAGCUGAAAAUGUAAUUUAUAAAUUUGACUAAAAGUAAUCCGAGGUCACGAAUCUAAAUCUGUGGUUAGUUUUUUUUUUAUUCUAGCUUUCAUAGAACAGAAACUGAACCAAUAAAGAACGAGUUAUUUUAUUUUAAAGCUUUUCGAUCUUUUUUUUUCACGAAACUUUGGUAUAGGUUAUCAAGGAUGAAAACAAUCCGAAUAUCUCAGGUUGACUUUUCAGUUCGAUAUUUCAUUGGCUGGAAACUGAACCAAUCAGAAUGGAGGCGUUUAUUUUUCGAUUUUUGAUCCUUUCAAAAUAAAUUUGAGAUAGGUUAUCGAGGUCAAGGACUGAUACUUGAAGUUGGCUUUUUGGAUGAUUUUGUGUUAAUCACAGAGACCGAAAAUAAAGCAAACCCGAACCGAUGUUUUGAAACAUGAGUCAAACUGAACUGAAUCCAAACCAGAUGAUCGCUGUUCGAUUCGGAUGUAUCUCGCUUUUAAGUUUCGAAUAGUCAUUUUAUAUAUUUAGCCAUUUGCUCUCGACUGUCUGAAACAAGUGACCAAUAAAAAGGUAAUCAAAAUUAGUGAAAGUCAAUAGUUAGAAUGCUAAGCUACAACUAAUUUUAACUAUUUUGAUUGAUUCGAGUCGAACUUGAACCAAUCAAACAGAAAGGAUACGAUACGGUUCAGUUCGCCUCGAUCUCUGGUAAUUCGAUCGUUUUGAUUAAAGAUAGGGUUGUAUGAAAUAAAAUGUGUCUCUGUAUUUGUUCGCCGUCACGUGUACGGUUAUAUUCAUAUAAAUAGAAGUUUUUUCCCUUACGUUUGACUAAAGGUAGGCGCGAUCAAUAAAUCUCGGUCGAUAAUGAGGGCUUUCAUUCAAAAUUUUGAGUUCGAUUUUUUUUCGUCAAAGAAAACCUUUUCAGAAUAAUAAGAUUCUCAACUAAAGAGAGACUUAUACGGCAAAAAAUAAAUAAUUUCGUAUAUAAGUAUGUUUGUCUGCAGUAAUGUGUAUGAUCAGAUAACGUCAUACAUUUCUGAAAGCAUUGAAUAAAGUUUAUUCGAUAAAAUAAACUCGAGGGACAUAGGUCACGCCAGGAUAUGCGGUAAUUAGAUUUGCUCCUAUUUGGAUUUUAUGUAACUAUUGUUCAUUUCAAAAUAGAAUAGAUUCGACUGUUUUUUUGAAUAACUCGAGAAUGAGAAUAGCUAUUGAAAUGCAGUUUUCAC